UGUCGUUCGCAGUGACCCGUUCUUUUCAGGAAUUUUUUUUGUCUCUACUUUGUGAAGAUCUGCCGUUGCAUUUCAUAUUUUGGUCCCCAAGUUCCGAUCACCCUGUACGUCGAAACCCAACCAGUCUUUCUAGUUGAAUGAAGCGAAACAUGCACGCAGAAUCAAUGCAAACCAAAUUACUAUACUAACUAACUCAAGCCGUCCGUAGGAAGACACAGCUACAUUCAUAGCUGGAUCACAACAUAAUUACACAGUUUUGACAAACACUAUCAUGUUUCACCUGGGUAGUUGGGCGUUCGGUCUUGACAGACAACGUGGAUCAUCAUGGAUUCGUGCCGGCACAUCACAACUCACCCGGAGUACCGUGCGAUGCGACGACCAGCUUUUGCGAAGUUCAUCCUCUUCCUCGAGUGCGAAAAGUGAGAGAACAAACCAUCCGCGUUCCGAUCAAGGAAGUCCCACACCAGAUCUCAUACACAGAACAACAUCAACAACCGCUGGCACGUCCGCCAACGGAACAGCAGCGGCUUCAGUAGCGGUAACCCCCGUAGUCCCCGUUGCAGAACAACAUUCCUAUCUCGAGGACGUGGUGCUUUGUCACUCCCAGAAGCAGGCCUACGAAAAGUGCUUUCACUCCUGGUACAAACAUUCGUUUCUGGAAGGCAACGCCAAAGACGCCUGCGACAAGUACUGGGCGGUGUACGAGAAAUGUAUUCACGAGCACUUGGAGAAGCACAAUCUCGGGCAUCUGUCGGAUUUGUCAAAGCCAGUCAACCUCGUGCAAGACCAUGCGGUAGCCGGGGGGGAAACUUCGCUGGGCGGCUGCCCGAAGUGAGCUGCCGGGAUUGAUAUGUGCGAGGACUUUAAAAAUAGGGUGAACGUCGCUUGUACUUGUUCACAAGUCACAAGUUUGUUGUUGUAAAUCGUGACAAGAUCUUCACAGGCGACCGAUAAGUAUACAUAGACAUGAUCAACAUGCGACCCACAACAUUAAGUUUUCUGCAACUUCCACAAAGUGGUUGUCCAUGAUUUUGUGCUCACGAACGAGAGCCAAGAUUCUCAACCUUCUGUGUCCAUGCACGGUGCCGCUGGUCUUCAUGCUCGGCCGGGAAAGAGAUCAACUUGCCACUUUCCUAUCAACGUUGUUCAAAUAGCCCGCGAGCAUGUUUUUCUCUUU